AUGACCACGUAUGAAGAAUAUGGUGAAGAUGAGCUCAACGACUACAUCAUCCAGCUCGGGAUUCAAGACUCCUGCCAAGAGACCUUUCUAAAAUCUGCAGCAAGUUUAGAAACAGCGACAGAUGAAAAUUUGAGAGUCCUGGCUGCCAUCGAGCAAGGUGAGGUCCUGAUGCUCAGGGGGACGCUGAGGCAUACCUUCGCCUUCAGGGAGUCAGACAGCCGAGGCUGGCUUCCUGUUCAUCGAGCUGCGUCCCAGCCGGUCCUGGAGGUCCUGCAGACCGUCUUGAGAUUGGCAGCUCAGGGGCUCAGCCUGGAGGAGAGGACGCUCGUGGGAGGAGACACGCCGCUGACACUGGCUGUUAAAGCUGGACUGGUGCAGAAUGUGAAGUGCCUGCUGGAGCACGGAGCCUCACCUAACACCAACAACAGCAAGAACGAGUCGCCACUGCUGCUUGCGGUGAGGGCCGGCUCUUUCGAGAUGACGUACACGCUGGUCGUUCACGAUGCCUGGGUGGAGCAAGCUUGUCGGAAGAAGUGGACGGCGGUGCAUGAGGCGGCCAAGGUCGGCAACGUGGACAUCCUGAUGCUGCUGCUGAGGAACGGAGGCCGGGUGAACCAGAGAGACGUGAUGGGGGUGACGCCGCUCGCAGUCGCUGCAGAGCACGGCCAUUUCCACAUCGCUGAGAUUCUGCUAAACUGCGGUAGCAAAGUGAACUCUCAGGCCUGUAAUGGGGAAAGUGUCCUGUUGGACGCAGCCGGAUCAGGAAACAUCGCCUGCAUUCAGCUGCUUCUGGACAACGGAGCCAACCCCAACCUCCCCAGCAUGACCGGACACCUGGCCAUCCACAAGGCAGCAUACGGCGGGCACUACGAUGCUCUUAAGCUGCUCAUACCUCUGACCAACAAGAAGGCCAUCAAAGAGGCGGGUCAGAGCCCGGUCCACUCUGCCGCGGAGGGAGGCCAGAGCUCCUGCCUGAAGCUCCUGUUGGCCUGUGGCUUCGACGUCAACUACCGCAUGAACACCAGAAACUCAGAAAACUACCGGGACAUGAGGAGGAGCGCCUUGUACUUCGCCGUCUCCAACGGGGACGCGGAGUGCACCAAAGUCCUCCUGGCGGCUGGGGCAAAGACGGACCUGGACCCGCUGUGCUGCCUCCUGGUGGCUGUCAGGUCGGGGCGCUACGAGAUGGUGAAGCUGCUGCUGGCGGCCAAAGCGGACGUGAACUGUUACUUCACGGUGGUGAAUGACACGGUGUUCCCCACGGCGCUGCAGUACUGCCUGAAGGACGAGGUGAUGAUGAGGCUGCUGCUCAACAACGGCUACAAGGUGGAGAGGUGCUUUUACUGCCACCAUGACGAGGAGUUUGAUGCUACCAAUGAGGGGAAAAUUCCAUUCUGUGAGUUCAUGAGUCUUUGCUGCGUCAUGCAUCUUUCCGGCAGCGUGGUCCGGAUCCUGCUGGACUACGUCAACCACGUCCACAUCUGCUCAAAACUCAGACUCCUACUGGAGAAACAGAGAGAGUGGCCCGAAAUAUCUGACAUCCUCAACAGUCCUCGCUCCCUCAGGCAUCUCUGCAGACUGGAGAUCAGGAGGCGUCUGACCCUGAAGAGACUCAACAACCCCGAAAUUAUGAACUCAGACAUUUUCCCUCCCAGACUGAAGAGCUUCAUCCUGUAUCAGGAGCUCGACCUCUACAGCCAGGACUCUGAGCACACUUAAUCUGAGCGCUUGUUUGGAAAAGAUGUAACUAUUUCUUAUUGUUUGUAAUUUUGAUAAAUACAAUAUUGUAUUUUCUAAAAAGAGCUUUAUUAUGUUUAGAAUAUUUUUUUCACCUUUUAAGUCCAUUUACUACAAGUCAAAUGUGCCUUCCAUCAUUAUAACCAUUUUGAAACGCAUUAAUCCCUAUUGCCACUUUUUUGACCUGUUGGAGGCAUCAAAGGUUGCUGUUUAUUGUUGUUGCCUCAAAAGUACAGUGUAUUCAUGAUGAAAAUGUGCAAUGUGCAUUAACUUCAUCUGCAAUAAUUUAUGAUUCUGAAAGACAAUUGAAGAUUUAAUAACCUGUUCUGUGAUGUUAUUCCAUGCCAAUAAAAAAA